CUCUCAGCAGCAGCAGCAUCCAGGCAGCAUGAGGACAACUGCUCUGGUAUACUUGGCCGCAGUGCUUCUGUCGUCGGCAUGGGCAGGCGACACGAGCGCUGGUGAGGCGCCAGCCAAGAAGGACAAACGGGGGAUCUUCACCGGCGAACACAGCUACAUCGGCGGAGGAGGCAUUGGUCUGGGCAGCAGCUACGGAGGACUGUCCGGUGGCAUCGGCGGAGGCCUCUCCAGCUACGGCGGGUCCUACGGCUACGGCGGUGGCUACGGAGGAGGUUACGGCUACGGCGGCGGCUACGGCGGCGGCUACGGCGGCGGCUACGGCGGCGGCUACGGAGGCGGCUACGGUGGAGGAAUUGGACUGUCGUCUGGAUCCAUCGGUCUCGGCUCCGGAGGAAUCGGCUUGAGCUCUGGCGGAAUUGGCCUCGGCUCCGGAAUUGGACUCGGAUCCGGAAUUGGUCUUGGUUCCGGAAUUGGUCUCGGCGCUGGUGGUCUCGGAGGUGGAGCCGGGGGAAUCGGACUGGGAUCUGGCGGUAUUGCCUCUGUCGCUGUUGCCCCUACGCAGACCGUCGUGCAGACUGUGAGGGUACCGCAGCCGGUCCCCGUCCCGGUGACCGUCAACCGCCCGUACCCGGUGCCCCAGCCGGUACCUGUCCCGGUAAACCGCCCGGUGCCCGUACCCCAGCCAUACCCUGUGCGAGUUCCCCACCCCGUCCCGGUCUCCGUGCCCCGACCCUACCCUGUGGAAGUCCCCCGCCCCGUGCCCGUGCCCGUUAACAGGCCCGUCCCCGUCCCCGUGCCCCAGCCUUACCCGGUCCGCGUUCCCCACCCCGUCCCCGUCGGAGUCCCCCAGCCCUACCCGGUCCGUGUGCCCGUCCCCCACCCCGUUCCCGUGCCAGUCUCGACCGGAAUCUCCAGCAUCGGAAUCGGUAGUGGAAUCUCCUCUGGCGGCAUUAUCUCUGGAGGUGGUCUCGGAGGAGGGCUCGGAGGAGGGCUCGGAGGAGGACUGGGAGGCGGCAGCAUCAUCUCCUCUGGCUCCCUGGGCGGUGGUCUGAUCGGUGGCGGGUACGGCGGAGGAUACGGCGGUUCGUACGGAUACGGCGGAUCCUACGGAUAUGGUGGCUCGUCUGGUGGACUGAUCUCUUCGGGGCUCUCGGGAGGAGUCCUGAAGGGAACCUACGUCCCCAGCAUCUCCGGAGGCCUCAGCGGUGGCAGCCUGUACUCUGCCUCUGGAGAGGCAGAUGACGAGUGGGGGUAUAUAUACUGGUGGGCUUGCCGUCCAGAGUCAUCAGUUGGGUUCCUCUCUCAGCAGCAGCAGCAUCCAGGCAGCAUGAGGACAACUGCUCUGGUAUACCUGGCCGCAGUGCUCCUGUCGUCGGCAUGGGCAGGCGACACGAGCGCUGGUGAGGCGCCAGCCAAGAAGGACAAGCGGGGGAUCUUCACCGGCGAACACAGCUACAUCGGCGGAGGAGGCAUCGGUCUGGGCAGCAGCUACGGAGGACUGUCUGGGGGUCUGUCCGGCGGCAUCGGCGGCGGUUUGUCCAGCUACGGCGGGUCCUAUGGCUACGGCGGUGGCUACGGAGGAGGUUACGGCUACGGCGGCGGCUACGGCGGCGGCUACGGCGGCGGCUACGGAGGAGGAAUCGGACUGUCAUCUGGAUCCAUCGGUCUCGGCUCCGGAGGAAUCGGCUUGAGCUCUGGCGGAAUUGGCCUCGGCUCCGGAAUUGGACUCGGCUCUGGAAUUGGACUGGGCUCCGGAAUUGGACUCGGCGCCGGUGGUCUCGGAGGCGGAGCCGGGGGAAUCGGACUGGGAUCUGGCGGUAUUGCCUCUGUCGCUGUCGCCCCUACGCAGACCGUCGUGCAGACCGUGAGGGUACCGCAGCCAGUCCCCGUCCCGGUGACAGUCAACCGCCCGUACCCAGUGCCCCAGCCGGUACCUGUCCCAGUAAACCGCCCGGUGCCCGUGCCCCAGCCGUACCCUGUGCGAGUUCCCCACCCCGUCCCAGUCUCCGUGCCCCGACCCUACCCUGUGGAAGUCCCCCGCCCCGUGCCCGUGCCCGUUAACAGGCCCGUGCCCGUCCCCGUGCCCCAGCCUUACCCGGUCCGCGUUCCCCACCCCGUCCCCGUCGGAGUCCCCCAGCCCUACCCGGUCCGUGUGCCCGUCCCCCACCCCGUUCCCGUACCGGUCUCAACCGGAAUCUCCAGCAUCGGAAUCGGUAGUGGAAUCUCCUCUGGUGGCAUUAUUUCUGGAGGUGGUCUCGGAGGAGGGCUCGGAGGAGGUCUCGGAGGAGGACUGGGAGGCGGCAGCAUCAUCUCCUCUGGCUCCCUGGGCGGUGGUCUGAUCGGUGGCGGGUACGGCGGAGGAUACGGCGGUUCGUACGGAUAUGGUGGAUCCUACGGAUAUGGUGGCUCGUCUGGUGGACUGAUCUCUUCGGGGCUCUCGGGAGGAGUCCUGAAGGGAACCUACGUCCCCAGCAUCGCCGGAGGCCUCAGCGGUGGCAGCCUGUACUCUGGUAGCCUCUCCUCCAGCUACGGAGGUGGUUACGGCGGUGGCUACAAGAGCUACUACAAGCACUAG